AUGAUGAAAAGUAUUCUAGAUUUCAUAAGAAGUCGUCCGGAGGGAGUGGUGGAGGAAGAUCUCUCCCUGGAAUUUCCUCACAUGUCAAAGGUAGAUGUCGCAAAGGAGUUGAACGAAUGUCUUAAGCGGCAAGAGAUAAGUCUGUUUAGAGACAAGGGGGUUCUAUACUACAAACCAUCUCCAGUCAAUGUAGACAAUUAUGAGCUUACGAUAUACAACCUAGUGAGCCAGAGUGGGAAUGAAGGCGUUUGGUUGAAGGUGAUAAAGGACAAAACGAAUAUGCCGCACAACUUGAUUGGAAAGGUCCUUAGAACCAUGGAAAGCAAGAGGAUUAUCAAGUCUGUUAAGUGUCUCAAGAACAAUAGAAAGGUUUAUGUUUUGUACGAUCAAGUUCCUUCUGAAGAAAUCACAGGAGGCAUGUGGUUUCAGGACAACGACGUAGAUGCAGAGUGUGUGAUUCGAGUGUUGGAAAUCAUACAACUGUUUUUACAAAAGAGUUUGAGCGGAAAACCAGGGCUUCCAGAAUAUGAAGAUAACCCGACUCUGGAAGAAAUAAUGAAUUACGUUAAAAACCUCAAUAUUCUGUCUGUUCCUCUAAGAAUAGAGGACCUUAAAACAUUAGUGGACAUACUUGUAUUUGAUGGGAAAGUGGAAAAACUUCACUCGGGGGCAACAACUAGAUAUAGAGCCCUUGAGCGAAACACUAAAUAA